AUGGCAGCCACCCAGUCACAAACACUCCUAUUCAUCCUUACUGCCAAUAGCUGGUUUUAUGAUGGUGGAACAGCAUUUCUUCGUUUCUUUCAAAAUGGUGAAGGGGAAAUCUUUGAUGGUGGAGAGCUGCACUAUAAAUUCGCGAAGCAGUUUGAAUGGAAAACUCUCAAUCUCGACGCUCUCGAGAAAACAGUCCGCAUUCGUCAAGACAUGAGCCCGCAAACUAUAGCAUAUCUGAGUCUCGAAAUCACCCUCACAGAACGCCUCCCAGAUCAAGAAUGCUGGCGAAAAGCGCUAAAAGAAUUCAAAAACGAGAAAUAUCCUUUUACGGAAGACGCUUAUCGGCCGCAGACAUAUACCGUUCCCAGGCCACGCUGA